GACACGAUUUAUUUAAAAAUGGUCCUUGCACGUUAACCCUGGUACGAAAGAAAAAAAAAGCCAGAAAGGAUCGAAGACAAUCGAAAGAUUCGGACCGUUCUACAAAUCAACAAUCGGUAAAAAUAAUAUUUUAAAACAGUUUACGAUCGUGUUCCGUAAUAAUUAUAAAUACGACGGAACCUAAACCUGGUCACGUGAUGUCCGGCGACCAAUCGCCUUCGAUCGUCCAUGUUGUUGAGAAAUGACCGAAGUAAAUUUUUCUCCUAACAAAGCAAGUUGUAGUUUCUGUUUCCAAUGCCUCAUCUGGAUGAUAAUCGAUUAUUUGUCAUUUGGAAGGGAUAAGUAACGCGACAUACAUCUACACUGCGUAGUUAUGAGUAGUAAAAUUGAAUAUUUUUCUGAGAACAUCAAUCAUCUACAAGUAGUUAUUUGUGACUUAUGUCAAAAGUACUUCAAUGGUAAAAUACCUUAUGAACAACAUCUCCAAAGCAAAAAUCAUAAGAAGAAACAACAGGAAAAGAUUUUAUUAGAAAAGAUGGAAAUGAAAAUUCAUCAGCCAGUUUUAACAAAAGAUGCUGUUAAUGCAGAAACUGGUAUGUGUAAUUAUUCGAUGGUCGGUGAUACAAUUCCCACAAAGGAAAUGACUGAAACUUUUCACUUCAAACAACCCGAAAGGUAUCUUACUUCGGAUGAUAAAGUAGAACGUCUCACUAGUUCGUUCCCAGUUUCAACAAAAAAAAUGGUGUGCACUGGGCAUCCCAUACAUUCAUUGCUUUCUUCUGGUAGUUACUAUGAUAGGUGUAAUAUGUGCGUGAAAAAUUUCAGUUCAGCUGAAGCUGCCCAACUACACUUUGCCAGCCAAGAACAUAAGACAAAAAUGGAUACACAUAGGCAGGUUGAAUUAAUUUUGAAUCGUUACAGAGAAAUGAAUUUAGCAGAAUCUUCAAAAUUCUGCAAUCAGGUAGAUAAAUCGAAGCUUACAGAAAAUGCUAUGGCUUCAGAAAGUUUAACUAAACAAUCUUAUACCGAUCCCAGCUUUCCGGUGAAAGUGUUAAAUGCCAACGAACAGAGAAUUCAUCCCAAAUUUAACUUUUAUUCUCAAGGUUCAAAAGGAAUGCUCGAUAAAAUGCCCCCAGUAGAUCUUCCUAUGACAAAUAGCAUGGAAACAUCUCAUUAUGCAUCGAAGUCAAAUGAACAGAAAACCUUUCCAGGAUGUGAUAUAUGUGGUAUAAAGUCAUUUGUAACUUUAAAUGCAUCAUUUAAUCACAGUCUCACUCUGGAACACUGCCGAAAGUUUGCCAUGUAUUCCAAAACUUCUGAACCUCAUACAUUUUCAGAAAGUUACACACCUUCGACACUAUGCACGAACAGUCCCAUCACAUCAAAUUGUUUAAAUAAUGACGAUCAAUUCAAGUUGCCCACCGUUAAAUUUCAUGUGAUUCCCCCAAGAAUUAGUGUUUUUGGUAACUCUGAUGGUAGUUCAAAAUUCGAAGAAGGUGCAUCGUCUUCCCAAGUCAACACUGCUUCUCUCUAUCCAAUAGGAUACGAACGAAAGAUGAAAUGCAAACAGAUCGAAGAGCAAAAUACCGGAAAUACAUUUCACGAAACCAUAUCACUGCCAGAUAGCUUCAAUAUCGACUAUGGAAUCGAUUUCUUUGUUAAUCCAGAAUCUUUGUACGAUUCUCCCGCGUUGCUUCAAUCUACCAGUGAUUCUGGAACAAAAUGUACACAGCCCGAAACAGAUUUGGAGCAAACUAUGAAGUAUGUAAACAGAAGGCGCUCCAGAUUAUUAAAUAGCAAUAUCUCUCCUUCUCAGAAAGAAGACGACUUUACAAUAUUUCCCGAAGAAACUUUUCACUUUUAAGUAUUUUAUAAACACUCGAAAUAGUGUGUAAAUAUUAUGAUCCAAUUAACAUGUUUUUAAAUGGAAAAAUUAUAAAUAUAUAUACACACACACACUCAUUCAAACAUACAUAUAUAUAUAUUUAUACAAUUAUUUUUCGAAAUAGCGUAAACGAUUAUCUCUAAAACAUGUUAAUUUUAUAAAAACACGUCAAAGUACAGAGAUAUUCAAUUAGCCUUAUAAUCAUCUCCAGAGCUAUAUAAACGUUAUUGUUGUGUAUGAUAAAACUAAACGUUUGCUGUAUUGUAUAUUUAAAUAUUUUCUGGUGCGAUCAGACGCCUUAAGCAAUAUAUUACGGAAUAGUACAGCGCACUAAAUGCUCAUAUUUGCAUAUAAUAACUCGCGCGAUUCCAGUUUUUUAGUUAGAAAGUAGUAACCAUUUCACCCUAUAGCGUGCACAUGUUUAAUUUGUGCACCAAUUUGUCGAGAGAUAGCUUCGUAUUUAAUUCAUCCAACGGGGAUUUUCGUCCUCGAGUCUAGUAUAUUAAUAUUACUAUUUUUUGUAAAUAUAUAUAUACAUAAAUAAAUAAAUA